AUCUAUGCCUCCAGCCCCCUAAUGUUUAACAAUUUGUUGCUCAAGUACUUCGCGAAUUUAGUUUUGGAAGUUAUUUUUGCAGUUGCUUUUGUUGUUUGUUACGAGAGUGUUGUUGAAUUUAAAAUUUUAAAAAUUUUUGCUUUAUUGUAAGAUGUGGUUUGUGCUUGGUGGCUUACUUGCUUGCGUCUUGGCAGUGUUUUAUAUUUAUGUGAAACAAUGUCAUAGUUAUUGGGAAAAUAAUGGUGUACCAUACAAAAAACCAGCAUUUUUCUUUGGGAAUAUGAAAGAAUGCGCAUUUGGAAAAAAGACACUGUUUCAGGCAUUUGGAGAUGUUUAUAAAUCAUUCAAAGAUUGUAAAUAUGUUGGAUUUUAUAAAUUUCUGGACCGUGCUGUGAUUAUUCGAGAUCCAGAUCUGUUGAAUGAGAUGUUAGUCAAAGAUUUUCAGCACUUUUCUGACAACGAAAUCGUCGGUGAUAAGGAUAUUGAUUAUAUUAUGUCAAGGAAUAUUUUUGUGCUUAAAGGACACGAAUGGAAAUACACGCGUUCGUUAUUAACACCAAUGUUUAGCAGUGGAAAACUAAAAUUCAUUUUUCCACUUUCUGAAGAAGUGGCUCAACGCAUGACAAAAUACAUCCAAAAAGAAAUAGAUGCCAAUCGAGGACAAUGCAUGGAUGGAAAAAAUUUAUGUCAAAGAUAUACAAUCGAAAAUGUAGCAAAUUGUGCUUUUGGAAUUGAUGCCAAAGCAUUUGAAGGCGAAUCAAAGUUCUUCAUGGUCGUCCAAGACUUCAAUGACCAAUCAUAUUUAAACGCGAUGAAGUUUAUGCUGGUGUUUUUAUUCCCUGGAUUAAAUAAAUUCCUAAAAGUUAAAUUCUUCAAAGAUGAAGUUGAAGAUUAUUUGACUGCUGUAGUCGGGGAGACGAUAAAAUAUCGCCAAGAAAAUAAUAUAAUACGUAAUGACUUCCUGGAUCAAAUUAGAGCUUUAAAAGACAAAUCAACAGAGUAUCCGUUUACGGAUCGUGAUGUGGUCGCACAGGGAGCUGGAUUUUUCAUUGACGGCGUUGAGACGAGUUCUCUUCUUGCUAGCUACGUUCUUGCCGAAAUAGCUUUCCAUCCUGAAGUGCAAAAGAAAGUCCGUGAGGAAAUCCGCAAGGUCAAAGCUGCACAUGGUGGAGAAAUAACGUACGAAGGUCUUCAGGAGAUGACAUAUUUGGAUUGUGUUAUAAAUGAAACUUUACGAUUGGAUAGUCCAGCUGGUGGCUUAUUAAAAGUCUGUACCAAAACAUACACUCUUCCAGAAGUAAGCAAGACAAAUAAAACUCGUCUGGUGUUAAACCCUGGCGAUACAAUUUAUGUACCAAUCGACGGCUUCAAUUUCAACCCGGAAUAUUUUCCUGACCCGAAAGAUUUCAAACCGGAGAGAUUUUUCGAAGAAAACAAAGAUAAAUUGGUAAAAAACACGUUUAUUCCGUUUGGACUCGGACCACGACAUUGUAUUGGCAUGCGUUUUGCAUUAUUACAAAUCAAAUUAAUUGUGAGUGCAACAAUUGGUAAUUAUCAAAUUGAUAUCAACAAGAAAAUGUUACCUUAUGAGGUGCAUCCGAUGUCAUUUAUGAAAGCACCUUUGAAUGGUUUCCGGUUUGAUUUCAGUAAACUUCCACAUUACUGUUACUAUACUCAGUUUAGUAACUUGCAGUUACAAAUACAAAAAGUCAAGAUGUGGUUUGCACUUUGUGCACUUUUGGCUUGCGCCAUAACAACAUUUUAUAUUUAUGUCAAACAAUGUCAUAAUUAUUGGGAGAAGAAAGGAUUACCGCAUUUGAAACCUACAUUUUUUGUUGGUAAUUUAAUUGAUUGUGUGACUGGAAAGAAAAUUCUUUUUGAAGUCAUUACAGAUGUUUAUAAUAAAUUCCCUGAUUGCAAAUAUGUGGGAUUUUAUAAAUUCUUGAACCGUGCGGUGUUAAUACGUGAUCCAGAGUUGAUAAACGAAAUGUUACUCAAAGAUUUCCAACACUUUGCUAGUAAUGAUAUAGUGGUCGAUGAAAAAAUUGAUUAUAUCAUGUCGAAGAACAUUUUCGUGCUCCGUGGACACAAGUGGAAGGCAACCAGAUCCCUAAUGAGUCCGAUGUUUACCAGUGGUAAACUAAAAAAUAUUUUCCCACAAUCCAAGAUGGUUUCCGAACGUAUGGCGAACUACAUCGGCAAAGAAAUCGACGCAAAUCGUUCAAAAUGCAUCGAAGGCAAAGCACUAUGUCAAAAAUACACCAUUGACAAUGUAGCAUCAGUUGCCUUCGGUCUGGAUGCGAAAACAUUCGAAGGCGAAACAAAAUUCAAAUUAGUUGCGGAAGCUUUUGCGGACAAAUCCUACUGGAACGCGAUUAAAUUCUUAUUAAUCUUCAUGUUUCCCAGUUCAAAUAAAGUGCUGAAACUUAAAAUCUUCAGGGAGGAGAUAGAAACUUAUUUAACCGGUGUGGUCAGUGAGACAUUGAAAUAUCGCAAAGAAAAUAACAUCGUACGAAAUGAUUUUCUCGAUCAAAUCGCUGCGUUGAAGGAAAAAUCGGUUGAUUUUCCAUUCACUGAUCGUGAUAUUGUCGCGCAAGGCGCCGGAUUUUUCCUGGAUGGUGUUGAGACUAGUUCGAAUGUUGCCAGUUAUACUCUAUCAGAACUCGGGAGGCAUCAAGAUGUUCAGAGGAAACUUCGUGAAGAAAUUCGAAAAGUUAAAGCUGCGCACGGUGGAGAAUUAACGUACGAAGGACUUCAGGAGAUGACAUAUUUGGAUUGUGUUGUAAAUGAAACUUUGAGAGUAAACAGUCAAGUCGGUGCAUUAUUCAAACGCUGCACAAAAACUUACACACUUCCCGAAGUCAGCGAAACAAAUAAAACACGUAUUGUAUUAAAUCCUGGUGAUGCAGUCUUGGUACCAGUUGAUGCUCUUCAUUUCGAUGCUAAUUAUCAUCAGGAUCCGGAAGUGUUCAAACCCGAACGAUUUUUGGAUGAAAAUCGUGAUACAAUGACCAAAAACGCGUACAUGCCUUUCGGAUUAGGACCUAGGCAUUGUAUAGGCAUGCGUUUUGCACAGUUACAAAUCAAAUUGAUUGUAAUUGCUGUUAUUGAAAAAUAUCAACUGGAUAUCAACCAGAAGAUGUUGCCUUGGAAGAUGCAUCCAACUGCGUUUUUCAAAUCACCUUUGAAUGGCUUCUGGUUUGAUUUUAGCAAAGUUCCUGAAGAUGCAAAGUAAAAAACAUGGUUUACAAGGUCAUCCACUAUAAUAUUAAAUAUUAUUAUGUUAUUAUUAUGCCCGCAUAAACACGUAAUACCAAUUUA